UCGAAUUUAUGUUUUACACGCAAUACUCCGAUAAAAUGAUUAAUCUAAGUUACUUAAACAUGCAAGACAUCGUAUGUAUUAUAAACGCCAGGGUAAAUAUGCUGGCCGACACCAUACCACAUUGCGCAUAAUGAGCAGCAGAGUCAACGCUGCAUGUAAAACUGUCGCCACUAGGUCUGACAAAAAUAUUGUGGAGAACAAACAAAUUUUGCCCAAGUCUGGAGAGCAUUCAGAAGGCCUAGUUUUGUAUGAUAAUUGUAAUACUCUGAUAGAAGUCACUGUGAAAACAAAAGGGCGUAAGCGUACAUCAACCAUGGUCAGCAGCAGUCCCACUAGUCAUAAGGGAGUAGAAGAGAAAAGGAGACCUAGUAGCAGUGGUGAUUCUCAUCAAAGUUGGACUAGAAUUUUAAGAGAACAGAAUAGAGCUACUAUAAAACAAGGUUUGCAACAGUUAGUUAGCAGGACACCUGUUACAAAGUCAGCAAAGCAUGGAUCUGACGCUAAAGAUUGUAAAAAACAAUCUUUAAGCCAUCAAAGACAAGAACACAAACAUUUGGAUGAGGUUCCUGUUAAACAGUCAGCUUCACAGAAGCGAUUAGAAGAGCAGAUAAAAGUUACACCACGUACAUCACAUCCAUCAACUACAUCAUUGCCAAGCAGUGUUGAAUCUAUUUUAGUCAUAGAUAGAGGUGUACAGUGUGGUGGAAUAUUUGAUUCUACUGAUGACAGAUUUGGUGUAUUCAAUCCAAUUCGUACACUAGGUUUUUUAAUGAAGGAAUUAGAAGACUUGGUUAACGACGACAAAGCCAGUAAAAUUCUUACCGAUAUGGAGCAAGUGUUGCUUAGAAUAUCAGCAGAAUCUGGGAAAUCACUUAUUAUGGUACAUACACUUGAGUUGGAAGAAACAAGUAGAAAAAUGAAUGCUAUGUACGAAACGUUGCGAGAAGAGCGUGAUUCUUUACAACGGCAAGUUCAUAAACAAGUCGUACUGUUGAACGAAGCUCGAGAAAGGCAGUUAGAUUUAGAAACGACUGUAAAAACCUUGAGGCAAGAGUUGGAGGAGGCGAUAAAAACGGCUCUAGCCAAAGACAAGACAAUAACUGAAUUAAAGGAAGGAAUGAAAGGCCAAGAAUUUUCUCAAAAAGUUAUAGUAGAUUUGAGAACAAAUCUUGCUGAACAAACGGAACUUGCAAGGCAACGACACUUAGAGGUGCAAUACUUGACCCUUGAAAAAGAUAAAUUAUCUGUUCUAUGUUCGUAUAAGGAUUCAUUGUUAAUUGAACUUCGGAAUGCGAUCAAGGAGUUGCAAAACCAAAUUGCAGAUCAAUUAAGCAAUUUAAAUAUAUACGUUCACGAAGAAAGUACCAAUCCUCAAAUGUCACUGGUUCACGGAGGUCUUGCAUGUUCCUCGCCAACUUCUACAUCUUCCAGAGAAUCUAAUAUACCUACUUCCUGGCACGACAUAUCAGAUGUUUCCCUGUCCACUAUGGGGCACAAUCCAUUGAACAGUAUCGAUAACCACAAAUUUUUGGGAAAAUCGAAAAUAAUAACGGCUGCUUCGGACAGUCAUCUUAGGAAUUUGGAGAAAAAACGAACGAAAAACAUUAAAGAAUGUCGAACUAAAGAUUCUGCUAAUUUAGAGUUCGUUAGUUUACCAUGUGGCGAAUCUUCGCUCACACUGUUACCUUCUUACAAAGAUCUUGGCUGUACAGAAAAUAGUCAAUUAGUUACCAAGGAAAAAGAGGAUGCGACAACAUUACCGGUUCAUAAAAGGAGCGAUAAUUUGCGUAAUUCUACGAGCUUAAAUUCGCCUCCCGAGAAACUUGACAAGACAAAAUCAAACAUAAAAGAUUCGCCCAAAGCUCAAAAGUUGUUAGAAUUGCAUAGGAAGCAAAGUUUAGAGAAGAAAUCAAGCGUAAUCGAUGGGUCUAAUACCUUAAAAAACAAUGUAGCACAUAAUCUGUUAGGUUCUACUAUAACGGAACAGUUUCAGAAUAUGUUCCAUGAUAUCAGAGUUCAAAGUAGGAUACCGGUUAAUGUACCAAGUCCACCGAGGAGUUAUCCCCAUCCCGAUUGGAGCGAUAGCACCUUACCGAGUAUCAGUACUGCUUCUGAAUUAAAUGUGAUACCAUCGAACGACACGUAA